AUGAGAAGGUUUUUAACCGUUUCUCUGGCGCCGACCGGCUUAAAAAGAUGCUUGGUUUUGCCUUGGAAAUCAUCGAUUCCGCCAAAGAAUGAUAAUCGUUGGGAAGGUUUGGGGGAGUCCGUAAUUCAGCAAGCGUUGUCCUCUGAUACCGGUCGUUCUGCAUUUGAAGAGUGCAGCAUCGCUCGGAAACAGUUAGAAACCAUAGUUCAUUCCUCAGGCUAUGAUGCGAAUGUUUAUGUGUUCGGUGGUUUGGUUGUUUUGGGAUUACUUGAAGUAGGAGGGGAUGUUGAUUUUGUGGGUGUUGCGGAUGUUGAACCUGGAGUUGAGGAAGCUGGAGAAAUUGUGUCGCGUCUAUCGAGAGAAAUGCGUCGCCUCGGCAUGAAGAGUAGUGCGUUGCCAAGGGCUCGUGUCCCUGUUAUAAAAGUUGAUCGAGUCAGUAAAUCGCUCCCUGGUACUCCACUUCAUCAUUUGUCUGGAUGUGGGGUGUUUCAAUUCACACGUCAGCUUAAUGAUGAGGAAACUGCUUCAUUCAAGGUGAGGAUGGUUGAAAACUAUGGUGCCACUAAUGUUGACUGGAACACCAGUCAGCAGUUUGCCACGAUUGAGUUCAAUUCUACUACGGCGCUUGUUGCUGCGAUUUCACAAGUUAAACGUCAUGAUGGAGUUGAUAUCCCUCUGCGUCUUCCUGUUGAUCCACGUAAUGGACCAGAACUUUACAGAAUGCCGUUUGAUUUCUGUUUCUCAUCGAUUGGCCUGAGGAACUCCUACUUGUUGAGCAACGCCCUUUCAGAGUAUGUUUUUGCCAGACACUUCUUGUUAUUGUUAAAAAAAUGGGGUCGUGCAAGUGGAGUUAUAAACUCGAUUGACGGCUUCUUAGCAAGCUACGCUCUUACCGUUAUGUGCGUUCAUUUUUUGAUCAAAGUCGGUGUUAUACCUAAAAUAUCUGUUUUGAGAUCAACAGAUGAGCCACAGCUUCUUCCAUACUUUCCGGAAUACCGUGCCCUUCAUGAUGGUAAGGGUUGCGAUGUUGCGGAACUUGGGUAUUUGACAGCAGCAUUUUUUGAAUACUAUGGUCAUAUUUUUGACUACGAAAAAAAAGUUGUAUGCACAACAAAUAUGAACCUUCUCAAAAAGACGAUGCAUUGGGAAAAAUCACCGGGGCUGGGAACUGGCAGACCACCUUAUUUCGAAUUUGCCAUCAAGGAUCCUUACGGUCUGGAUAACAUUGGGAGAAACCUCGACCGUGAAGCUACAGAGUACGUAAGGGAUUGUCACAUUGCUGCAUUGAGGGCUCUGCUUCAGGAACGAAAUGAUCCGGAUUUUAUAGUCAAUACCAUUACACAAUCUCCACCAAAGCCGUUUAGGAAAAGCCGUACCUUGGCUUCAAGGGGCAUCGCCUCUGCCACUUUUUCGCCAGAUCAACUAGAAGCCCGUCACGUGUUAAAAAAGAUGGAAUUUCAUGAGCGCAGAAAAGCUAUGGAAAGAUUUGGCCAACGCACUGCCAGGAGCACGGAGCAACAACGUGUUGUGUCAAGUGUUACAAAGGAUGUUCUUGGAUGGAUACGGAGCGACGAACCGCAGUAA